AUGCCAUUGGAACAGCUCCGCCAACACUUUCUAGGCCAUAAAUCGAAUGAUUCGCUUGUCUUCGAUGAGGAUAACGGAGGAGAUCAAUGUAAAGAAGGUGAGAAGGACACAAUAGAAGGGCAGGUUGCGGAGUCCGAUGGCAAUCAAAACAAAUAUAAGCAGGUUGCUGGAAGAAUAGCUUUGGAGAUGGAGGAUUGGGCUGAGGAUGAGGCUGAAGAGGAGGGGGAAGAAGAGUCGGAAGAAAAGGAAGGACCAAUCACAUGCAGAGCGGUAGAACAGGAGUAUAAGGGCGUCGCAACCGCCAACAUGUGGGAGGUUAUGUAUCCUGAAGAAAUCAUGGCAGAACUUCUUCACAAUUCCUUACCCACUGCCUCAGUUACCACAGCAUCUGAUUUGACCGGCACUCCUCUCAGUUCAGCAGCUGACAUCUCAAGAGAUCCGGCUGACUGGGCGACUGCUGACGAAAAGACCUGGAACACCAAGUAUAAUUCAGAGGCUGAACAGCAGUUGACCAGGCACGACAAAUUUCAUUAA